GAGGUCAUUUAAGACUGAGGUGAGAAAAAAACUUUUUCACCCAGAGAGUUGUGAAUUUAUGAAAUUCCCUGCCACAGAGGGCAGUGGAGGCCAAGUCACUGGAUGGAUUUAAGAGACUUGAGUUCGACCCGAAACGUUGCCUAUUUCCCUCGCUCCAUAGAUGCUACCUCACCUGCUGAGUUUCUCCAGCAUUUUUGUCUCCCAUCAUUCUGACUUUGUUCUUUUUCCCCCACUAUAGGUAAACUGCUAGCUGGCUGUCAGCGACAACAUUUGACAAGGGGACACGAUGUCAGGAUUUGCUGACGACGAGGGGUCGUCAGAAGAUAAAAUUUCGAGUUUGGAGGCAGUCGACAUCGCUGAAACAGACCAAACGAGGACAUCAGAGGCCACCGCAAGAGAUGAAUCAGUCGAAGACCAGGGAGAAUCCAAUGUCACCUCGGCACUUACGGAAUCACAAGGCAGAAAUGAAGACGGCGGAUCCUUUGCCAGUACCUCGCUCACCGGCACCAAAGUCGUUGGGAUCAAAAAUAAAACGCCGGGGAAGAAGCCCAAAAAAACGCCCGUCGAAUCCAAAUUUUGCCCCGAUUCGUCUGAAGUGUCGUGUGAUGACCUGGUGAUUGUGCUGGAGGAACGGAGGUUCUUAAAGGUUCUGGAGGACGUGGUGAGGGAGUUGGUCGAGAAGUUAGUGACGGAGAAGUUGUCGAGCAAGGGCUCGGCCAGCUCUCAACGCCAAAGUUUGCAUGCCAAGCCGGCCGGCAAGAAAACGGACAUCAAGAAAAGCUUCGACAAAAAGAUUAAAGUCGCCGCCGAUUCACAAAGGACUGGUGCGGAAAGGCAAGAGGUGGAGAGUGCACCGAGUGAACCGGCCAACGUGGAGGCUGGGAGCCCGGCCAACGUGGAGGCUGGGAGCCCGGCCAACGUGGAGGCUGGGAGCUCGGCCACGCAGCCAAGCCAACAGGCGGGCUCGCAGGAACCUUCAGAGCCAACUCCAGCGGCAGAAAGCCAACCAAAGACCGAAUCGCGUAAGGGCAGCGCCUCGUCUGCCAAAAGCUCUUCGGCAAAGACAAAGGCAAAACACAAGGGCGGCCCUUCCACUGACAAGGGUGCUGCUGAGCAAGGGAUAGCGGAAGGCCAGGAAGGCAAGGAGAGGCUCGAGCAAGUCUGCUACUUCAAGAGCAAAUCUUCCAAAGCAAGAAAGACUCCAACGCCUGAAAGGGAGGAAUACUAUCGAGACAUCACCUGUAAGACAGUCUGCAAAACCUACAUGCGCAUCAGUCCUGAGGACCAGCGGGAGAAGAAUCUGAAAAUUGCUAAUUCGCUAUUCUCUGCCACAUUUUGCCUCCUGAUGAAUAGAAUCAAAAAGCAAGACUCGCUGGCGGACAAAAUAGGGAUUGCUCUCUGCGGCCCACGGCAGUGCUUCGAAGAGUGCAGUACGCAGGAACAGAUUGACGCCUUCAAUGCUCAGCCGAGGAUCACCAGCAAAUCCGUCCUCCCCAAACUCCCCAAGUCGGGCCGUAGCUCAAAAAGGAGCAGGGGAUUGAGCAGCCAACACUCGUCCACCUGCACAAAGCACUGUAGAGACGCCACACUAUCCGCCAUACCCGCCCCAACUGUUCUGCCAAAAUUAUGAUUUUGGUUAAAAAUUUAGAUAUCUAUCAUUGGAUUCCUUUCUCUCUCUCUCCGUCACUGAGAAUAGACAGAUUGUGCUGAAGUGUAAUAUGGUGUUUUUUUUCUAAAUUUGACGGGAGUAAGGAUAGGGUGACAUGAGAAGAAAGUGGAAGAGAGAAAAGCUGUAUUUUGUUAAUUUUGGUUAAUGAUUAUAAAUCUUUGCCUUUCCUUUAAUUUAAUAUUUGUUUGAACUUUUUUUGGUUCUGAAUAGUGCGGAACAAGCAUUGUGAAAAUACACUUGAAGGAGAGCAGCAGCCUAGAGGGAGGAAAACGAUAGGUUUAAUGUACUAAUUCUGUCGGGUUUUACUGUGUCGAGAGCACACAUAAACGAGACACUCUAUCAGAAGAUAGACCUUUCCAACUUAGUCUUCAGCAUGGCCAUCACUGGGAUGAUCAUUGGGGUGGCAUCAUUGAGCUGAUGAUUAAGUAAUUAAUUCCUUUGCUGCAUGAAAUCUAUUAAAAUUGGGAUUCCUUCAGUUAGCAACAGAUUAGAGAACGUAUCAGUGCUGUUCAUGUUGAGCAAAUUAGUUCCUUCUGUCGGGUCUUUUUGGAUUGCCAUUGCUCCUCUGAUUUUGAUCAGACUGGAGAUCCCAGGAGAAUACCUCUGCCAACAGCUUCCAAAGGUCUGCCUUAGGAUUUUUUGGAUGCAAAACUUUGCUCGUAAGAAUCCAACGCUAUUGCAUUCUCUCUGUCUCUCUCUCUCCCUCUCUCUCUCUCUCUCGCUCUCUCUCUCUUCAGCUACCAACCCAUUUUUUAAUCACGUCAAAAUUGCCUUGCAGAAAUAUCGAUUCAUUUUUAUUAUUCUUAUCAUGAUGAUGUAAUUCCCAGCUUUUUCAUUCCUUUGACUUACUCCUCAUCUUCAGAGCUAAUGUUAAUAAACAAACUUCUUGUUU